AUGCCUGGGGAACCACCUGCAACAGGCCCUGGCUUUGACAAACUCGAAAACUUCAAUUUCUUGAUGUCGCGCCACGAUCCCGCAGCCAAGACUCGACAGUACUCAUUUGACGCUGAUACCGGGCUGGUCCCAUUUGGCAACGUGAGCAUGGACUAUGAUCAGACGGAGGGAAUGGGCGGCUUGUCCGUCAGCUCCUACGAUAGUAUAGAAGACGACCGAAGCUCUCUCGAUCUCCGGGGUUAUCCUUAUCAUGGCGAAAAAUCCAUCAACUACAGCAUCCCAGAACACAUGAUGCCCUACUCAGCCCAUUCAAUCUACCCGCCAGUGCCAUAUGCGCCCGACGACCUCGGCCAUGCACCAGGCGCUCUCACUCCAUCCGACGUCUCGUCGUCCAUCUCCCCGCCCAAUGGACAGAUGGGCAACACCAAGUACAGCACCUCCAUCUCCGGCGACCGCAUCGCUGCCGCCCUCAACCAAGAGGAGGGCGUGCGCGGCGCUGCAGAAGAAGAUCGCCGCCGCCGCAACACAGCUGCCAGCGCCCGCUUCCGACAGAAAAAGAAGCAGCGUGAACAGGUCCUUGAACGGACUGUUCGUGAGACCACCGAGAAGAACGCCUCCCUGGAAGCUCGCGUCGCCCAGCUUGAGAUGGAGAACCGUUGGUUGAAGAACCUCCUUACCGAGAAACAUGAUGCGACUGCCACUUCCACUCGUAUGCCCGCCCCGCCCAAGGAUAGCUCGGCUCUCGAGUCAAAAGGUGCUGGGAUGUCGACAAGACAAAAACAUAUUCAGCCUAAGAAAAAGGGUGUCGGAACUGAUGAGUGA